AACUCCGACACAGUGGUCAAAGUUUCUUGGCAUUGGCUCCCUCUGCAUAUCCCGACUCCCCAAUCUUUUCUUUAUAUACGGACAGCAUGGAUGCAACAACAAUACAAAGCAAAGCGUAAACGAAUGGCUUUCAACUCCAGGGCAUGGCUCCUAAGCAUAGGGCUCCUUUUUUGUAUGCUGUCCAUUUCUUCUGGGAGACUGCCUCAGAAUUCCGGUCGAGUGAAAGCAGUUAAUCUUGGAGGGUGGCUGGUUACAGAAGGCUGGAUUAAACCUUCUCUUUUCGAUGGCAUUGCCAACAAGGAUUUCUUGGAUGGAACUGGACUUCAGUUUAAAUCUGUCACAACCGGGAAAUAUCUUGCGGCUGAGUUGGGAGGAGGAAGCAUCAUAGUUGCAAACAGAACGUCAGCUUCAGGCUGGGAAACAUUUAAAUUGUGGAGGAUCAACGAAACCACGUUUAAUUUCAGGGUCUUCAACAAAGAUUUUGUGGGGCUUGAUGUCAAUGGCAAUGGAACUCAGGUGGUAGCUGUUUCGAAAAUACCGGGUACUUCGGAGACUUUUGAAAUCAUAAGAAAACCUGAUGAUUUGCGCCGGGUUCGAAUCAAAGCACCGAAUGGAUUCUUCUUGCAGGCAAGAUCAGAGGUGCUGGUGACAGCUGAUUAUGCGAGGAGUACUGAAUGGGGAAACAAUGAUCCAUCUGUUUUUGUGAUAACCUUUUCUGGAAAAUUGGAAGGAGAGUUUCAAGUAACCAAUGGUUAUGGUCCAAAAAUGGCUCCACAAGUUAUGUGGGAACAUUGGAAUACAUUCAUAGUUGAGGAUGACUUCCACUUCAUAUCAACAAAUGGGUUAAACGCUGUGAGAAUACCAGUUGGUUGGUGGAUUGCAAGUGAUCCCACUCCUCCACACCCUUAUGUUGGAGGUUCAUUAUAUGCACUAGACAAAGCCUUCCUGUGGGCACAGAAAUAUGGAUUAAAGGUCAUAAUUGAUCUCCAUGCAGCACCAGGCUCUCAAAAUGGUUUUGAACACAGUGCUUCCAGAGAUGGCUCUCAGGAAUGGGGACAAACAGAUGAGAACAUACAACAGACUGUUCAUGUCAUUGAUUUCUUAACCUCCAGGUAUGCUAAGAGGCCAAACCUAUAUGCAGUUGAGCUCAUCAACGAACCAUUGUCACCAGGAGCGUCCCUACAGAACGUGACCAAGUUCUACAAGGCUGGUUAUGCUGCUGUUCGAAAGCAUUCCUCCACAGCAUACGUGGUGUUGUCAAACAGGCUAGGACCAAUGGAGACUAGGGAGCUUUUCCCCCUUGCCAAGGACUUCAAGCGUUCUGUGAUCGAUGUCCAUUACUAUAACCUGUUUGUGAGCACCUUCGACAACAUGACUGUCCAACAAAACAUAGACUUCAUCUACACCAAUCGGUCCCAGCAAUUGAAUUAUGUCACCACAUCGAACGGCCCUCUCACUUUUGUUGGUGAAUGGGUGGCUGAGUGGAAUGUUAAAGAUGCAACAAAGGCGGAUUACCAAAGAUUUGCCAAUGCUCAAUUAGAAGUUUGGGGGAGAGCAACAUUUGGGUGGGCUUAUUGGACUCUUAAGAACGUCAAUAAACACUGGAGUCUUGAGUGGAUGAUAAAGAACGGUUAUAUAAAACUUAAUUAGAUUGGUGACAUCAAUACGCAUAAACAUUUCUCUUUAGUCAUCACAAUCUAUAUACUGUAAUCUUAGUUCAAUUUGGGUCCCUUUUCUGAUGACGUCCAAAUUGUUUCGAUUGAAUAUGAGACGUCUAUUAAUUCUGCAAUAUGACAGCAAUAAGGGCAUUUUUAUAACUAAUGUAUCCAACUUGGCCGGAAUUCCAUUCACUUUCCGUCA